GAAAAUUUAAUGAAAACUCCGCAAAAAUGCUGAAACGACUGGACGAAAUUGAGAAAUAUCUCGCGUACAUCCGUCAAAGCAUCGAAAAAGACAAGGAAGAGCUCGGAUGGCCUCAUGACGAAUCAAAACCCGACAUUCCUGACGACAAUAACAACUCCCGAGCUGCAACCUGUCUCGAUGAUAACAAUAACAACCACAAAGCGCAUGUCUUGACGGAGAAUUUGAUAAAUAUUGGCAGUAACUGCGAAACUGACGGCAGUUGUAGUUCAGCAGCAAUCGUGGCAACUACUCCGCGUGUUUAUACCUCGAUCCGUUUGACGCGACCGACCGAAGAGGAGCUCAAUAAAUGGGACAUUUAUCGCCAUCAAGAGGACCUGCCACGACCAUGGACGUAUUUUAAGCUAAACAAAAGUGUCUAUCGACCACCCGAGAAUAUCGUCGAUGACUUUAAUAAUGGCCACAUUGCCGAUCGACAAAGACGCGAAUCGAAACUUUUCAAUAAUUCGACAAACGAUGAAAAUUCCCGUCCUCACAUGAUGAAUAAAAACUUAAACAACAACAGCAGCAACAUUCUCAACAAAAAUUUGACGGAUACCAAAACGAAUCCAUGGAAAGCUCGCGAAGGAAAUGAAAUUGACCAAUGGGUAACUGAUGCCUUCUACUCGUACUUUCCCAGUUUGAAUGAAACGCGGCGCGACAAGAAGCUGAAGUUGGCUCGCGAUCGUCAACACGACUACAACGAAUAUGUGAAGCAAAUUCCCGAGCCGAUUCCUAAAAGAGAACAACUUCGUCAGAAGCGCGAGCAGUAUUUGUCGCAAAUAAAACGGGCGGAACUUACGUCAGCUUCAUCCAACGACGACGCAUCCAGUAGUAACGGAUCUGCGGGAGGUCGUCCAACAACACCGAAACAACGCUUGAUACAAGACUUGCAACACAUUGGGCUUCCUGCGAUGCUCCAAACGGACGUCAUUGAGCAGCGUGAACGCAAAAAUGCUGAAGAAGAAGCGGAGAAACGUGCCAUUUACCAACAAGAAUUACUCCGCCAGAUCGAAGAAAAGAAGAGAAAUCUCGAAAAACUCCGAAAACAACAAGAAGAGGAAGAAUAUCGCGUCACCCGUGAACUCGAAAACCAACUUUUGACGCUGCGCCUCGAAGAAGAACUGGCCAAACAAGGCAAAAAGCUCGCUCGAACUCGUGCCGUAGCCAAUCGAGACUCCCUGCGACGUCAAACACUCCUUUCCAACUUGAUGAACGACAAAAACAUUGCCGCCUCAAAAGAUCCCCUCGACAAAGCAAUGACAAAAAACUUACUUGAUUUCUCCGAAAAUCCCCUCAACGACUCAAAUUCAGUUCGCAAGGAGGACGAAAACAAAAUCUACACAUAUUUCACGAAUUCAGCCAAAAUUGAUAAACAGCUGUCAAAUAGCAGUUCUUCGAGUUCCUCCACAGCCGAUGACUUGCUCGUGCUUCCCCACAUCAAUCGUUACCAAUAUUGCAAAAAGUGUCGUUACGACAUCGAUGACUCCUUUUUGAACUUUGUGGCAUCGUCCCCGUCAUCGACGUCACCCAAAGAUGCCAAUCGCAUCAAAAGUUGCUUCCAUUGUCACAUCUUGGACCACAAAUUGAGCGACAAAUUGUGCCAGGAUUGUCACAAAACGUUCAAGAAACUCUCGAACGGGUGUCAAAAGUGCCUCAAUUCCAAGGAAUUUUGCGAAUUUUGUCAGAAAAAUGACCACAAUUUUUGUCCGUUUUGCACCGAUCGGCACGAACCCAUCAAAGACAGCAACAACAACAAGCAGGAUUUGAACAACAACAUGUCGCCCGAGCAAAUUUUCAAUAAUGUCGCGAUCGUGCCGAUGCCAAAGCGUUACAUGGACGAACAAAAUCGCUUACCGAAGUUCAUCAACAACGAAAACGAGACAAAUUCGAAGAAAUCGGCCGUAAAACCGCUCGUUUCACCUCGAACAGCGGAAUCAAAGUUGCCGCGCAGCAGUUUUCGUCGUUUGGAACAAAAAUGGGAAGUGCCCGCUGUUCGGAGAUUUUCAGUCCAUCCAAAUGCCGCAGGAGUUGCUGAUGCAAAUAACGGCCAAAUUGACACUUUUACUGAAGUGGGAGCCUUUAAGAAGCAGUUGCAGACGGAAUGUAUCAAAGAAACCGCUUCGGAGUAGAAUUUUACACUUUUUCACAUUCUCUAGAAUCACUUUUUAGGACAAGUAGCUUUAACCUUAAGUCUUCUAUCUCGAUGUAUUUUUUUCUAACGUUAAUUAUUGCCUUUGUAAAGUCAAGUAGAAAAAUUGUAAACUUGAUUAAGUAGCUUGCAAAAAUAUUUAAAAUUAAUAUUUUUAAAAAAAUUGUAACCCAGUUCGGGAUUUUUUUGAUUGUUGUGUGAAAUAUUAUUUAAUUUUAACGUUAAGUUUGACGAAAUCCAUUGUUAAGCUCCGAGCAUGUGAGCAUGAAACUUUUUGUUAAUUAGUUUUUAAAAAAAUGAAUGAUUGAUUCAAGAAAUAAGAGAACAAAAUGAAAUAUUAACUACUUAAA